AUGUUGGGGAGCGCUGGAAACACGACAGCGAGGACGGCGGAGGCCGCGAACUUGCAGCGCAAAGACUCGGACACGCACUUGAGCGUCAUCGAAGUUUCGGAUGGAGAAACGACGUCGUCCUCUUCGGACCCGGAGGACCACCAGACAUUCGUAGAGCCCUCCGCCGACAAGACCCCGGAGGCUAAGCCAGCCCCGACGAACGCCGCACCGACCAAGGUACUGUUCCUCGACGGCAUUCGCGGACUUGCGGCCAUCUUGGUGGUUAUCCAGCACUCGCACGAGUACCCGACACAAGGGCUCCACCUCGGCUCAAUCGCCGUCGACGCGUUUUUCGUCUUGUCCUCGUUCCUGCUGACGUGGCUGUUCAUGAAGAAGAGUAUGAAGCUGCUGGCGCAAGAAGCCAGCCCUCGGUCGUGGGCGUUCGCAUUGGUGGACUACUUCCAGAAGCGCUUCUUCCGUGUGUACCCGCUGUUCGCAGUGACGGCGACGGUGCUGUCCUGCAUGUCGUUCGAGAACCAGCACCGGUACUUCCGCUUGAAGAAGCCCGAAGACUUUGAGCUGAGCAAGGUGCUCGCGUUCUACACGGGCUACCGUCCUCACGUGUUUUGGACGCUGCCGUUGGAGAUCGGAUACUACUUCGUGAUCCCUGCGUUCGUUUUGGUUACGCUGAAGUUGCGGCGCUACUGGUGGAUUGGAGCGGUGCCAUUGACCGUGUGGAUCGUAUACGAAGGCUUUUACGUGUACCGUAACAGCCACAUGCCUCUCACGCCUCACCUCCACACGUUCAUGGCGGGGUCGUUGGGGGCUGUAGUGUUCGUCAAGGCGGACUUGUGGAUCAAGAAGACGGGGUUCAACUUCCGCUGGUGGCACACGCUGCUUCUUCGCGUAAUGGAGGGAGUGGCCAUUGCGUUGAUGCUGAGCGUGUCUUUCCAAGGUUUGUUCUUCGACUGGGUACACAAAGACCCCGUGCCGGCGGCUCCGGGCUUUGGCUUUGUCAGCGCGCAGAUGACGACGGUGUUCGUGAUUGAAAUGAUCCGUCCGUCCUGCAUCUCCACCAUGUUCGAGUGGAGCGUGCUGCGCUACUGGGGCAAGAUCAGCUUCUCUGUCUACCUGCUGCACUCGUUCAUCGUGGACUACCCUCCGAUCAGCCACCAGAAGAAGUACUUCAACCGGUUAUUUGCUCGAUUCGGCUUGAUCUUGCUGCUGGCGACGGUGAGCUACCACCUGAUUGAGUACCCGUCGCAGUUGUUGGCGCAGCGAGUAUCGCGCUUCCUCGCCGCUCGAGAAGGAAACAAGUCGGGAGGUGGUCUGGUCAGGUUCACGUGCAUGGAGCGGAUCAACAUGAGGAAGCAGAAGGUGCCUGUAGAGGUGAAGUGA